GACCGUUAGAAAGUCGUUGUCAAAAAUCAAACAUAUCGUGCAUGACUGCGCGGUACUCCCUUCGUUCAUGCUGCGUCUUGCUUUUUGUUGCUGGUCUCAAAUCUGACACACUCAUCUGGCCGCAUGCCUCGACAAUUGUCAGUGUGUUAAACGUUACAUUUUUAUGGUGUUUUGCAUACUUCCUAGUGGCGGAGUGAAAACGUUGUGUCAAAUAACGAUAAACCUGCAAAUCUGUAUUUGAACUUCGAGGAUUGUAUUGUUACUCAAAUAUCUUCAAGAAAAAAUUAAACUACAAAAUGCCACCAGUGUCAAUUCGAAAAGCUAAGAAGGUUACUGUGCUUACUAAAAGGACACAGCACUUGAGAAAAUAUUUUAAGGAACGAUCGCACAAACCAUUAUUUGACAAAUUAAAGAGCAACAAUAACUAUCUGGCUAAGGCACUUGCAAAUGAGAAACAAAAUAAUCAGUCGUUAUUCUCACAAAAUCUUGCUCUAAUUGCAGAAGUUCAAAACUUAAAGCUAGCAUGCAACAAACGAAAUAGUUUAAUUUCAAAUGUGGUAAAUAACGCAAAAGAAAUGUUGAAAAUGGUAGUUACUAUGUCUAGUUAUGUAACAAAUACUAUCUCUAUGUGUCAAGAACUUACCAGCUCUGACACUACUGCAAGAUUGUCAUCUACUUCAAAUGGAAGAAAAGAAUCUUUUAAGAGACUGUCAAAAUCGCCAACUAAAGGUGUGGUGAAACCUAUGGUGGGUGGACACACUAUUACAAAGCCUACAAUUAAUUUGAGCCGUGUUAAUAUAUCAAGACUAAGUAAUAUAUCAGAAGUCUCAGAAAUUUCACCUAAUAACAGUCAAGAGAUAAAUGCAGAGAGAUCUCCUAUUAUUCUUCCAUUACCAACUACACCACUUAGAUGUGAAAAUAGUCGUGCAUGUAGAAUGCCAGAAAGAAUAACUGUCUCUUCGCCCAGGAUUAGUGAUACGCUUCCUAAUGAACCAAGAAGAAGAAGAAGGAGUCGUCAUUCGAAAAAUCUAUCAGAAUCUUAUUCCCGGUCGCGAUCAAAUAGGUGGUCUGAAAUCAAUGAAACUCCGAAAAACUGUUCAGGACAUAUAAAUAUAGGUAGUCCUACAGUCAAGCUGAAGGACGUUUCAAAAUUGCUUAAGGAUUCACAUACUAUUAACAUCAGGAGGCUAAUUGACAGCAAAAUUGAAGAUAUUGAGAUUCAAGAGAGUAGUGAUGAAACGCCUCAUAACACGCCCAAUAAAAAUGCAAUAUUGCCAGAGACCCAGAUAUCUAUUAACUUAGAUGAUGAUGAAACAUACGCACACAAAUCGAAGAAAGAGCCCAACGUACAAACGAAUAGCAAAGGAUCUAACAAAGAUUUUAAUAGAAGUUUGAGCAUGAUGGAAAUCUCAAGAGUUCCGCAGAGUAGCGCUAGAAAUUGGGAAGAAGACCCACUAGAAGGUCCAAGCUGGUUAUUUAACAACACUGUAACCAUGCCAUCGCGAGAUAACGAGCCGGAAGAGCUCGGUCAUCUAAAUAUUUCCGACGUCAACAAUAAUACAGCUCAAGUAGUAUAUGACGACUCGAGCGAUGCAGAAAGCGUGGAAGAAUCAUCACUGCCAAAUUUAACCCAGUUUGCGAAUAGUACUCAAGGUUUAGAGAGAAACGCACCAUUCGUUUGUCGCAGCAAAUAUGAAUCGUUUUCGGAUUACCAUGAUGCAGACGAUAAUUUUCAUGUAACAGCAGCAGCUGUAUCUACCCGUGAAAAAUUUAGUACAGAAAAUAAUGAGGAAGAUAGUAUGGCAAGCUUUGUUACGAUUAGGCGAGGACAUUCCAAGCUAGAAGAUGAAACCGAAGACUUUACAUUAAUGUUGCGUCCAAUGAAAUCAAAGAUGCAAUUCGACAUUAACGAGCUACGGUUGCCGGAGGAAGAAUGCACAAUCAAUUCCACUAUUGACCAUGACACCAGUGCAGUAAUGAAUACUCCAAUCUCGUCUGUGUCGAGUGUAAAUCUAAACGAUUCAAGAAACGAUCAAGUUACAAUGAAAUCGUCAACAGUUCUAAUCGAUAAUCACGAGAAAGCAUCCAUCGUAACAUUGGAGCAGAAAAGUCAUUCAAUUAAAAAGAGUAAAAAGACGAAAGCACCGAAUCUGAAAGACGAAAUAAAUAACGCUGAAAAUUCAGUUUCGACAUUUAAGAACAAGAGAAAGCAAUGGAAUGAUUGGGAAAGUAAUCGAGAUCCAAGCGCAGCAAAAGUAGUUUUAGAGAAGCUCAACGAAUCUCGUGUUAAACCGAAGAUCGAUGAUGCAGAAUCUCGAAACUCCCACAAUAAUCAUAUGAGAGAUGCUACGUCUCAUCUAGAAGAAAGCUCAGGAGAAUCGGAGAGUAGCCAUGGCCCAAGUUGUCCCAAACGAAGGAAAGCACCGAUAAGUUUGAAAGAACCGAGUUUAAAAAAGAAAUUAAGGCGAAAUCAAUAAGAAUACUAAUGUGGAUAAAGAAAUUUUUAAAAAAUUACUCGAAUCGUACAUCGAUAUCGAUGCUUCUACUGAAUACUGUUUUCUUUUUUAUAUCUAUAACUCAACUUUCAGUUAACUUCGGAAUGUGUAUAAAUAGAUCUAAUAUAUGUACGAAUUUUAUUAGAAUAAUUGUCAAAUAUUAAAGAUUACCGUGUUAUCUGAUGAUACAAAGACUAAUCAUCGAUGUGCGAUAUGUUAAGCUUUGCGUCGCUAGCAUAAUACCGUUAAUGUAUAACCGUGUAUCAGAUAACACAGUUAAUCUUUAAUAUUUAAUAAUAUUAUUUAAUAAUAUUAUUAUAAUAUGAUAUAAUAUAUAUUAUUAUAAUAAUAAUUAUAAUUAUUAAAUAAUAUUAUUUAAUAGAGUAAUUAUAAAAGAAUACAUUCCACUAAUUCUGGGUGAAGAGACAAUUAUUCUUUCUGGUAUUCUACAUGCACGACUAUUUUCCUAAAAUAAUUGUACAUAUAUAAAAUACAAUAGUUGUACAUAUAUAUGUAGAAAAAGUAAAAUAUAUAUACUUACGUAUCUAAGUGGUGUAGUUGGUAACGGAAGGAUAAUGAAUGAUUUCUCUUCAUUUAAUAAUAUUAAAUAAUAGUCAGAUACUUUGCUACUUGUUUGAAUAUUGGGCUCUCUGAUUUGUGUAGUUGGUAACGGAAGAAUAAUGUGGUCUCUUCUCAUUUAAUAAUAUUAUUAAUAAUAUAUUAAAUGGAAGAGAGAUCAUUCAUUAUUCUUCCGUUGCCAACUACACAAACCGAAGAAAGAGCCCUAUAUACAAAUAAGUAGCAAAGUAUCUGACAAAGCUUUUAAUAAUAUUUUCUUCCGUUAUUCUUCUGUUACCAACUUCACUUAAUGUUAGAUGCAUAAGUAUAUAUAUAUUCCACUUUUUCCACACAUGUAUGUACAAUUAUUGUAUUUUAUAUAUAUAUACACAAUUAUUUAGGAAAAUGGUUGUGCAUGUAGAAUGCAGAAAAAAUAACUGUCUCUUGCACUCAGAAUUAGUGAUAUGUAUUAUGUAUGUAUAGUAUGUAUGUUUAUAAUUAUUCUUCCGUUACCAACUAUAAUUUAAUAU